AUGGCCUCUCCGAUGUUCCGAAUGGCUGAGAAGGACGAAGCGACCAUCACAGUAAACGUUAUAAAUACGUUCCUGUUAGCCUUCUUGCUGGCCCCGAAGCUCAAAGAAACCGCGGAACGUCACCGAACCCGACCUCAUAUAUCGUUUGUGGGAAGCGAAAUCAUGUUUCAGACAUCCUUCCCUGAGGCGGACGCGCCGUAUCUGCUCGACGAACUGAAUGAUAAGAACAGAGCGCAGAUAUAG